AUGCUAUCAGAGACCUACCUAGGAAAACCUCUCAGAGGUGCACCCCUGUGCAAGAAACACUUCCAGGAACACGUCCUCGGCCAAACCUCAAAAUCAAACUCGCCAACUCGCAUCCAACCAAGACGACUUGCAAAAGACAAACAUCUCCUGACGAAAACUGACACGAAGAAACGGUAUGUGGACGAAGAUCUGCUCAAUUCGAUUACGAAACGCAGGAAGACCGACAGCCCAGUCUCACAGAACAGGAAAUUGAACUCAUUCGCCAAUUUACUCGAACGGCAGGUGAGUCAAAUAGCGGAACUAGCUGCAGAGAAGGGUCCUCACAAUUGUUCCUUUGGUCCAGCACCAUGGGAAUGCCAUAUGUGCGCGUCGCAUUUCACCGAGUUUGUGGUUGAAAAGCUUGCCAUCGUGAAGCCUGUAGCACCGGUUGCUAAUAUGGCUACUGUUGGAAAGGUCUUGCAACUAAACUCCAGGAUGGAUUUUGGAGAGGGAGAAAUGAUCACUUUUCAGUGGGAGGGCUUGUCGUAUGUCAUUGAUGCCUGUAGGACCCCAAUGUUUAUGAUUCUAUGA